CGGGCCCGGCCCCCCUCGGCGGAGACAUUUGCGAGCCCAGUGUCUCCAAGAUGGCGGCGUGGGGAAGGAGGCGCGCGGGCCCCAGCAGCACGAGCAGCGGCUGGGAGAGGGUGACCUUGUCCUCCACGGACUGUUACAUUGUGCAUGAAAUCUACAACGGCGAGAACGCUCAGGACCAGUUUGAGUAUGAGCUGGAGCAAGCCCUGGAAGCACAGUACAAAUACAUAGUGAUAGAGCCCACUCGCAUCGGUGACGAGACCGCCCGCUGGAUCACUGUGGGGAACUGCCUGCAUAAGACGGCUGUCCUCGCGGGCACUGCCUGUCUCUUCACCCCUCUGGCACUUUCAGGAGAUUAUUCCCACUACAUCUCCCUGCCUGCCGGCGUGCUGAGCAUGGCCUGCUGCACCCUUUACGGUAUCUCCUGGCAGUUUGACCCCUGCUGCAAGUACCAAGUGGAGUACGAUGCCUAUAAACUCUCCCGCCUGCCCCUGCAUACACUCACCUCCUCCACUCCUGUGGUGCUGGUGAGGAAGGACGACCUGCACAGAAAAAGACUGCAUAACACGAUAGCGCUCGCUGCCCUGGUGUACUGUGUAAAGAAGGUCUAUGAACUCUACGCUGUAUGACUUCCAUAGGGAAAUGAGAAACCCACAAAGACAAGUGUAUUAAGACUCCCACAGUAACAUUUUGUUUUUCCUCUGAGACGUGGUCAAGACUGGGAAGCAGUUGGUUUAAUAGAGCUGUUAUUUUUCAAAUAACACAUCACUGGCGCACCAAGGUUUUUCAGUUCUUCAUUACACUUGAGAUGUGGAUCUGCAGUGACUUGAGCGCUGUAUGUUAGGCCCUGGGAGUCUGAUCCAGCAGUGGAAUUUCAAAUGAAAGCUAUAUAAAAAGGGGGUGUGAGAGGUUUUUUUUUUCGUUUUUUUUUCUUUUUUUUUUUUUUUUUUUGGAAACAUUUAAGUAUAUUGUUUAAUUGUACUACACAGAACCAGCCAGAAGUUAUCAUUGACCAUUAAAGAUGAGAAUUUCAAA